UCAUUCUCUUCUUGGAGCUUUCAGAGUACACUGCCACUAAAGUUAGAGCAUGCUUGAAUGGUUUAUUUCACCGAUAUUUGCUUAUGGAAAUAAAGGGGAGUGGCCGAGGGGAAAGGAGAAGAGGAAUGGAGGAGGGGUUUGAGGCUGAGGGAGGCUCUAACCACAGCACCGAGCACCGGCAACCUUGUCUGAUGUGAUCACUAACCUUCCUGCAAAACACAGCUGGCAGUUCUCUGAGGUUUGUCACUAGAAUGUGAAGACAGCCACACAGAUAUUGCACAGACUAUUUACAGAUCGUUUGGUUUACAUUGAGAGUCAUUGCUCCACUUUCGUGCGGUAGGAAAAUGAGAUUUCAGCAAUUCCUUUUUGCUUUUUUUAUUUUUAUUAUGAGUCUUCUCCUUAUCAGCGGACAGAGACCAGUUAAUUUGACCAUGAGAAGAAAAUUGCGCAAACACAAUUGCCUUCAGAGGAGAUGUAUACCUCUCCAUUCACGAGUACCCUUCCCCUGAGAUCUCUCUAGCUAACUUUACUGGAUCUACCAGAAGAAGAAGAGGAGGGAAGGAAAGACACCCAGCCACCCAGAAGAACUUCAUGAUGCCAAGAGUGUGAUCGCUUAGAAGUUCCUACACAAAAAAGGAUCAUUUGAAAGCACCUGGGAUGGUUUAUUAGCUUCAGAGGAUUUUAUUCUUCUUGGCUUGUCUUUAGAGGGAAAGUCACAUAAAUUCAAAAGGAUUCCAAUCUGAAGCCCAAAUUGUUUGCCUACAUAACAAAAAUAUCUCAUCUUUUCCUGCACAUUAUUAUUCUCUUAUGAGUUAAAAAGAAAAAUACCUUUUAGUGUCUUACAACUCUCUCAUGGUAAAAGGUGCAAUAAUUUACAAUGUUGCUUUCAUAUUCCUAUAAUUCUCCAAAAGUAUUAACUUUGUAUAUGUUUGAGUGAUUUUCUAAAAACUGCUCAAUCUGAAAUCAACUGCAUUGACUAUUUGGCUUCGCACAAAAGGGAGAAAAUAAUUGGUUCUUUGAUUAUAGAUAAAGACUAAGAAAAGCUAUUAAUUGCUACCAAUUUUAUGAUAGGCUUUAAGGUUUAUGAAAGUAUGAUUUUUUGAUUUCAUGAGUAAUGUUGUCCGUUUGAAGUUAAAACAUAAAAUCCUAAUUGUAGUUCAUUUUAUGUUCAAAUGAAACCAUUGUUUUUGUUUUUGUUUUUGUUUUGAGACACAGUCUCACUGUGUUGCCCAGGCUGGAGUGAAGUGGUACACUUUUGUCUCACUGCAACCUCCACCUUCCAAGUUCAAGUGAUUCUCGUGCCUUAACCUCCCAAUUAUAGGCUGGGAUUAUAGGUGUAUGCCACCACACCCAGCUAGUUCUUGUAUUUUUUGUAGAGAUGAGGUUUCACCCUGUUGCCCAGGUUGGUCUUGAACUCAGGCUGGAGCCAUUCAUUUUUUAACCUUUCUCAUCAUGUAAUUAUAAGAACCCAAUGUUUGAUUUCCUUUGAAGUUUUGUUAUGUCCUUUAUUAUUUUGUAUAGAUAAUUUCUUUAAAAGUCUUACUUAAAGUUGACAUCUAAAAUACAGUUAUGCCAAUGAAGUCCUACUCAGGGUGAUAUCUGUAUCUAAAAGAUGAGUGCUCAACAUCCUAUUAGGCUUUGUCUUGGUGUUGUUCAUCCUGAGAUGCUGAGACAUGGAAAUAAAAAAUCAGAAGGAAUUUAGAGAUAUAAUUACUCAAAAAAUAAACUAUCCAGUCUAAAUUUGAGUUGUGUUGAUAACUAGGUGUUCCUCAGAUGCUAAGAUGUUCUUAAUUUGUAUGUAUUGAAGGAUUGUUAGCUUAGUGCCACAGAAUUUUUCUUACUUUAUGUUAAUUCCAGAUAAAAAAUUUACAAGUUUAUAUCUUUUUUUUUUUUGAGAUGAGAUCUGGCUCUAUCACCCAGGCUAAAGUGCAGUGUCAUGAUCUAGGCUCAACCUCCACCUCCCUGGCUCAAGCGAUCCUUCCACCUUAGCCUCCUGAGUACCUGGGACCACAGGCACUCAUGGCCACACCUGGCUAAUUUUUGUAUUUUUUGUAGAGAUGGGGUAUCACCAUGUUGCCCAGGUUGGUCUCAAACUCAGGCUGGUGAGCUCAAGUGAUCCGCCUCCUUGGCCUCCCAAAAUGUUGGGAUUACAGGCAUGUGCCACCAUGCUGGGCCAAAGUUCAUAUCUGGAGUAAAAGUUUUACUUUGUAAACAUUAUAAAGUAGAAGAAACCAUAAACCAUUAACCCUUAUUUUGCUAAAAUGAAAGAUCGGGGUUAAUAUAUAUAUAAUUUUAAAUAGAAAAUCUGACAAUACUGUGGAAUUUGUCUUCCUUUCAAAGCUUAUUAAAAGUGUCUUUGCAGAUGAAUCGUACUUUCCACAAGUGCAUUUGAGUAGAAACAUAAGCUAGUCUCAGUUAUAUUUAUGUUUAAAACACGUACUUGUUUGUAUAUUUCGUACUGAAAUAAAAAACCACUUGAUUGUCAAGAUACACCUCAUUCAAUACAAGUCUAAACUCUUUCAAGUACAAAUUCGCAUAUUCACAUAAAAAGUUACAAAUCGGUUUUACCGUUGUGAAGUAAUGAAAUGGUUAUACAUUUCUUAAUUGUUCAAUAAAACACUCAAUGAUGUG